GUUCUCUUUCAAAUCAUGGGAGUCAUGCCCAUUAUGCGAACUCCCAAAGAUCAAGCAGGACCUCGAACGACUUUCAAUUGGUUCUCAAACGCCUUCUAUUGGGCCUUCUUCAUUUACGCUUGCGAAACUGUCAUCGUCAUAUGGGUGGCACGUGCUCGUGUCAUUACUUUCCUUACCGAUUCCGAUCGCCGCUUCGACGAAGUUAUCUACAAUAUUAUAUUUAUGAGUUUAUUGAUUCCGCAUUUCCUGUUACCGGUAGCAUCAUGGCGUUACGGGCCUCAAGUAGCGAUCUUCAAGAACAUGUGGACCGAGUAUCAGUUGAAAUUUUAUCAAGUAACGGGAAUUUCGAUCGCUUUUCCGCAUCAUUAUGCUGUCACGUGGUUUCUGUGCGUUUUCUCGUGGGUCCUUGGAGCAAUUGUCAUUUUGUCGCAGCAUUUUUUGCAAAAUGACUUUUUGUUUCGCGAUACCUUGGCAUAUUAUCACAUCUUGGCGAUGCUUAAUGGCUUUUGCAGUUUGUGGUAUGUUAAUUGUACGGCGUUCAAGUAUACGAGCAAACUUUUUAUCCGCCAUUUGCAAGAAACUCUGAGUUCGGAUAGACCAGCGAAGCAAAUUACCGAGCUGAGACACUUGUGGAUGGAUUUGAGCCAUAUGAUGCAACAACUUGGGAAAGCGUAUGCGAAAAUGUACGGCAUUUAUUGCUUGGUUAUUUUUAUCACGACAAUUAUCGCGACAUAUGGCGCGUUAUCUGAAAUUGUCGAUCAUGGCGCCACACUGAAGGAACUCGGACUUUUUAUCAUUGUCUUUUACUGCAUGAGCUUGUUGUUUAUCAUCUGUAAUGAGGCGCAUCAUGCGUCACGGAAUGUGCUUUAUUUGGUGCAAGAUAGACUGCUGAACGUUAAUUUGACGGCAAUCGAUGUCGAGACACGCAAGGAAGUCGAAAUGUUUCUCGUUGCGAUCGACAAGAAUCCGCCAACCAUGAACUUGGAUGGAUAUGUUGAUAUUAAUCGGGGACUAAUUACCUCGAACAUCACAUUCAUGGCAACAUAUCUCGUCGUAUUGAUGCAAUUCAAAAUGACUUUAUUGCGUCAAGCUGCCAAACAGGCUGCAAUUGAUUCCAUGUUGAAUGCUACAAUUCUUCGAGGACUCCGUCAGCAAAAUGCCACGCACUAAAUAUGGACAGGCGCCAUGCAUCACAAGAAUUCUCAAAUAAAGGCGAAACGGAGGAACACACACAUUACGCCAACAAAGGCACUUCAAUCAUUUAAUUAACAAUUUUUACAAUGUUUGAAAUUGCAGUCUAUAUCAGCACGAUACGUCGACAUAUCA